AUGUUCUCGUCAGGCCGAACACGACACCAGGAGGGCAGCUUCUCCAAGCACCGGGCAAGCAAGUCGAAAUCGACCAAGAAGAACCCUUCAUUCAAGGAUUCAUCCAGGAAAGUAGAAAGACUGGCACAACAGGCGCAGGCGUCCUCACCACAGUCAAACCAGACAUCUCCGUCGCUGGGAAGUGCAAUCAUCACUAUAUCUGUCGGCCGUGAACAACGACUCUUUGCAGCGCACGAAGAUGUCCUGUCUCAUUCGCCUUGGUUCCAGAGCCUCUGCAACGGCCAGUUCUUCCAAACCAACACCAAACGCAUCGACCUGCCCGACGAAGAACCCGAGGUCUUUUCCUCCAUCCUCGAGUACCUGUACAAAGGCGACUACUACCCGCGCAUGGAGUACGACAAGAAGCGCAACAGCUGGAACCUCGAAGACGGCGGCAAUACCAACGAGCCCGUCAUCCAAUCACCGGUGGGCCCGAUCCUAAAAGACACGGUGAUUUACUGCCAGGCCGACAAGUACGGCCUGCAGGAGCUGAAGAAACUGGCCUUGAAGAAGCAAGGUCUUCAAUCCGGCAUCCAGUGCUCAACCAUCCUGACUUCCGCCCGCUACGCCUACGCCAAUACUCCCGACAGCGACUCGAAGCUGCGCGCACACUACCUAGCGCUCAUCAUCCGCGCGCGCCACACCUUCAAGCGCAGCGGCACCAUGCAGAACGAAAUGGAGAACGGCGGCAAACUCUUCUUCGACCUAUUCGUCGCAAUGGUAAACCACAUGGACGAUCUCUCUGCCAAGUCGCCAUACUAG